AUGGACGGGCUUAGAAAGAUUCUGCGAAAACAGCCAGGACCUAUUCACUGGCCACUGCAGGCUAAGAGUGUCGAUGAACUUGUGGGAUCGCCGAGGCAAGAUAUCUCCUCGGACAGCUUGCCAGUCGACAAAGGUUCUGAAUUCGACUCUGAUCUCGAUCAACACGAACAUGAAUGUUUGCCAAAUAGCAGAGUAGACCCUCGGGAUCAGGUUGUGUCUUGGGUGCAGUCACCAAAAGGGAUGUCGAUGGCUUGGUUGGAUGGAAUGGCCGGCACAGGGAAUGUACUUUCAGACCAAAGGCGUACUGGGCGUUAG